UCUUAAUCUUCAAUCGCUGGCGCGUGUUCGCAGAUAGCAAUAAAAAAAUCGCAGUGCCCUACUCUUCGAGAGCAAGGUGGAAAGGGAAGACAGCCAUGCUACCGACCCUGCAAGAAUCCGCAGUCAUCCUGAGCGCUCUUGCGCGCAUCGCCAGGCGGGCUGCGUACGAACAAAGUCGACAUCGCGCCUCUCCUUCCAGUCCCUCUACUAAUACAUUCCACGAUCGUGGGCGCAGCGGCGAGGAAGACACAAUUAGAAUCUUAGAGUAUGCCUUCAAGACAGCGCAGCCGUGGCCUACAGCAAUUCAUGCCGCUCAACAGGAAGGCAUACGGAUAGAAGAAUGGCAAGCUCGGACGUCAAUACAGCACAAAGAACAUGUUCCAUCUCCAGACAGGUUCGAGGAGGACCUUCUUGCUGCCGAGUAUUUCCACCAUCAGGAAACGCCUCAGAUCAGGCCAGCAGUUGUCCCUUUUGCUGCAAGCAAGCCAUGGCCUAGCCAAGUGGUUUCUAACAAGCUAGGUGACAUACAGAAUGCGUCAGUAGCUCGUGCCACCGUUCCAUCACCGAGUGUGACCCUGGCACAGGAGCCUCCGUCAGUCGUCCAUCUAGAUCCAGAGUCGCUGUUGCUUCAAGAGUCGUUGGCAGCGGGAUCUACUGCGGCCACAAGGUUUGACCAAAUCGAAACUGACCCGGAGGUGGUGCUUAAAGCAGCUUCUGGGACGCCCGGCGCAAACCCUGACAUCGAUUUGGAACUGCUUGCAACUCGGACAGCCGAGAAAGCCUCCCCAUCGCCUGCUGAGACACAUGAUCCGAAUCAUCUAUUGGUGACAGCACCACCAGCAGAACCCACCACGGAAUCCUCCUUCGCUAGCGCAGGCGCCACCACGGAAUCCUCCUUCGCUAGCGCAGGCGCCACCACAGAAUCUGGAGUGUCGUCGGAACGGGUCAUGCAACCUGGGAUUGCCCAUGAAGCGUCCAAUGAGUCGAAGGUUCAAGACGCUCAGCCAAAUGUUGCGCCAAAUGAGGAGCAUGACGAAGCGACAGCUGAGCUCGACUGCCCGGCCGAUGCCAUGCCACUGCGCGGCCCGCCGCUCACAGCAUCCAAGGUGCCGUCAUCGCGUCUCGGUAGACUGUUCCACUAUGGAAGUCUAGGUGCAGGUCUAGCAUGGGGAGCAGCUGGCUCAUAUCUCUCCUCUUUAUCUGCCGAAAAGACCCUAGGGUCAACCACGGCACCGCGCUGGAUGUCCGAGUCCAACAUUCGUCUCCUUGUCUCGAAGCUGUCGACUAUGCGCGGCGCGGCGUUGAAGCUUGGGCAGUUCAUGUCCAUCCAGGACUCGCACCUCUUGCCGCCUGAGUUGGAAUCGGUGUUGAUGCGUGUGCAGAACUCGGCGCACUACAUGCCCGACUGGCAAUUGGAGAAAGUGAUGCGCAAGGAGCUUGGUGGUAAAGGCUGGAAGGAGAGGUGGUUUGAGAGCUUUGAGGAACGGCCAUUCGCAGCCGCUAGCAUUGGACAAGUGCACGCCGGCGUGCUCAGGAAGGACUUGAGCGCGGAAGAGAUAGGCGCCGCAAGCGAGGAAGAGGCACUGGCGCUCAGAGGCAAGCGCGUCGCAGUGAAGGUCCAAUUCCCCGGAGUCAAGGAGAGCAUCAAGGCAGACACAUCCUACUUGAAAUGGCUCGUCUCCGCCUCGGCGCUCCUUCCUCGCGGCCUCUUCCUCGAAAACACGCUGCGCGUGAUGGAAGCCGAGCUGGAGGAUGAAUGCGACUACGAGCGAGAAGCGGAGAUGAACCGUCGCUUCAGGCACCUCAUAGAAUCAGACGCUGACACCAGGGAGCGCUUCGCCGUCCCGCGCGUCGUCAAUGCACUCUGCACGUCGCGCGUCCUAACGACAGAGAUGAUGGCCGGCCAGCCGCUCACACAGGCUAUAUCGCAUUUAAAGCAGACGCAAAAAGACGCUAUUGCCACGUCCAUCUUGGAGCUCUCAUUGCGCGAGCUCUUCCAAUGGCGGCUGAUGCAGACCGACCCGAACUGGACGAAUUUCCUUUGGAACGGACAGACGCGCAAGAUCGAGCUCAUCGAUUUCGGCGCCACGAGGGAGUACAGCGAGCGGUUCAUGGACCAUUGGGUCCGCUUGCUUUGGGCUGCUGUGGAAGGCGAUCGAGAAGAGUGCCGUAAGUGGAGCUUGGCGGUAGGCUAUCUCACCGGAGAGGAAAGCGAGAAGAUGCUCAAUGCGCAUCUUGACUCGAUGAUCGCACUUGGCGAGCCGUUCCGCUCGACUUCGCCGAGCCCGUAUCCAUUCACUAAUCAGACUAUCACUUCGCGCGUGCGCGAUCAGAUUCCCAUCAUGCUUCGUGAACGCCUCACACCUCCACCCUCGGAGACGUAUUCGCUCAAUCGCAAGCUCAGCGGCGCAUUCUUGCUCUGCGCCAAGCUUGGGGCGCAGGUAGAGUGCAGGGACAUGAUGAAGGAAGUGACGAAAGGGUAUCGCUUUGGGGAUGAUGUCGCUUCAGGCACAGAAGGACAAGGCAUUGAUGGAGCUUCUGCUCGAGUCGGUGGAACUAGAUCCAUACACACGGCAUUAGCCCCUCAGGUGCGUCGGCUUCACCAUUCUGCAGGGAAACGUGACAUGAUUCGCUACGGUAGAGAAGGGCACGGACGCAAUCUCGGCGCGCGCUGGCCACGCUCCGUCGUAGAUACUCUGGAGAAGAACGCCAUGAGCGCGGAAGAGCCUGUCGAUGGGAUGACCGAGUCUCGUUCACCUGUGUUGAGCUCGGCACCUUCGAUUGGAAAUGUGCCGACUGCGCCUGGGACCGCAAAUGCAGCUUGGUCCGCUAAGACGAUGCUUCGAAAGAAUCUGCCUACCGAGACUGCGAGCUCUGAAGCGCAAGACCCGAGUACGGUCACCUUAAAUAGCCCAGCAAUGGCAGCGCCGUUGGCGUCAGGAACAGCAGAUAUGAGCGCACACGUAUACGUGCGCGGCGUCAAAGUCCCGCGCAAACCUGCCCCACCCGGUCCCGAGGACUGCUGCAUGUCGGGCUGUGCGCGUUGCGUGUAUGAUCUGUACAUGGAGGAUCUACAAGAUUACCACGAGGAUCUCACAGCUGUGCGCCAGAAGUUGCUAAACGCCGCCGAACCGCCGCUGACCCAGUGGGAGUGGGACGAGGCUCUUCUUGGCAAGUUCCCUCAGGGCCAUGCGGAUGCAGCAGGUGACGGAGUACAAGACCCACAUCGCGAAAACGCAGAGAGCGAGGUCGAUGCGGUCAUCUCGGGUCUUGAUCUCAGCAUGAAAGCUUUCUUAGAGAUGGAGCGCAAGAUAAAAAGUAAGACGCAAGCCAAAGAUUGACGGUAUACCAUGGCAACGUGCUGCGGCUGCUUGACAUGAUUCCUGUACCAACUUAACAUAUGUACUGCAGUGACUGACAAAGGAGGAAUGGC